AUGUCUCCUGCUAUUGCCCAAGCCGGUGCUGGCGCCGCCGCCAAAGAUGUCAAGAAGGAGUCUGCUACUGCUCGUCUCCUCGGCUCCGGCUGUUCUGGUAUCGCUGAAUUGGCUGUCUUCCACCCUGUCGAUACCACUGCGAAGCGUUUGAUGAGCAACCAGUCUCGGAUCUCCAACGUCACCCAAUUCAAUCAGGUUGUCUUUAAGGAGUAUGCCGACGCCACUGCUGGUCGCAAAUUCACCUCGCUUUUCCCCGGUUUGGGCUACGCUGCGGGUUACAAGGUUCUUCAGCGUAUCUACAAGUAUGGUGGUCAGCCUUUUGCUCGCGACUACUUAGCUCAGCACUACGGUAACGAGUUCGAUAACGCGUUCGGAAAGGGUAAUGGAAAGGCUAUUAUGCACGCCACCGCUGGCAGUCUCGUCGGUAUCGGUGAGAUCGUCCUCCUCCCUCUGGACGUCCUGAAGAUUAAGCGUCAGACCAACCCCGAGGCCUUCCGUGGCCGUGGUCUCUUCAAGAUCAUUUCCGAUGAGGGCAUGGGUCUGUACCGUGGUGCUGGCUGGACAGCAGCCCGUAACGCUCCCGGAUCAUUCGCGCUCUUCGGUGGAUCUGCUUUCGCCAAGGAAUACAUUUACGGUCUUACCGACUACAACAAGGCUACCUGGAAGCAGAACUUCGUUGCCUCCGUGGCCGGUGCUAGUGCUUCCUUGAUUGUUUCCGCUCCUCUGGAUGUUAUCAAGACUCGUAUCCAGAACCGCAACUUCGAGAACCCCGAGUCUGGAUUCCGCAUUGUUUCUACCAUGCUUAAGAACGAGGGUGCUUUCAGUUUGUUCAAGGGAUUGACCCCUAAGCUGCUGAUGACUGGUCCCAAGUUGGUUUUCAGCUUCUGGCUGGCACAGACUUUGAUCCCUGCUUUUGGUCAGGUUGUAUAG